ACCACCAUCACAACCACAACCAACACAACCACCAACACAACCAACACGUCCACAACCACCACUACCACCACAGCCACAACCACUACAACCAACACAACCACCACAUUUGCAACCACCACAAAAACAAUCGUCACAACUACCACAACCACCACCACCACAACCACCGUAACUGCAACCACAACCACCACAACCACAACCAACACAAUCACCAACACAACCAAUAUAUUCACAACCACCACAACUACCACAACCACCACAACCAACACAACCACCACCAACACAACCACCACAACUACCACAACCACCACAACCCUAACCAACAUAACCACCUAACACCUAACCCUCACAACCACCACAGCCAACACAACCACCACCAACAUAAUCACAACCACAGCCACCACAACCACAACUACCACAACCAACACAACCAACACAACCACCACAGCCACCACAACCACAACCACCACACCCACCACAACCACCACAAACCAAACCACCACAACCACCACAACCAACACAACCAACACAAUCACCAACACAACCAACACAUUCACAACCACCACAACCACAGCCAUCACAACCACCACAACCAACACAACCACCACAACCACCACAACCACAAUCAACACAACCAACACAACCAACACAACCAACACAACCAACACAACCACCACCACCACCACAACCACUACAACCACCACAACCAAUACCACAACCACCACCACCACAACCACCACCACAACCGCCACAACCACCACAACCACCACCACCACAACCACCACAACCACCACAACCACCACCACCACAACCACCACAACCACCACAACCACAACCAACACAACCACAACCAACACAACCAACACAACCACAACCACCACCACAACCACCAACACAAGCAACACAUUCACAACCACCACAACCACAACCACCACAACCACAACCACCACAACCACCACAACCACC